AUGUCUGAUAUGUCACUUUCCGGCUCGGACCUGUCGUCGCUGUCUUCGGCACCGCCUACCGAUGAUGAGGCAGCUGCCAUGGUCAUGGACGAGCCCGCGGGGAUCGCGAAAUACUUCAAGAAGGAAUCCGAGUCGCCGCCUGCGAAGCGAUCUCCCUCUCCGCCACAUGAAUACGUGUUAGCAGACAAUCCGAAUAUUGCAUUCAUUGUCAUGUUCCGCGCGCGUUUUCAUGAUGUGUUUCCGCGAUCGUUGCCACACUAUGGACCCCAAGACAUUGAAAAAGGUGUCGCAGAUAUUACACCUGGCGAUUAUAUCGAGAGAUUAUUAUGCGCAUUGAUUGGACUAGUUUUGAAUCGAAAGAAAGAUGUUGAGAGAAAUCACUACCAACGGCCAUUGGAAGAAGCAAUCCAAACACAUGUUUCGCAGUGGCCCAAAGUCUGGGAGGGCAAGAGCCCUCUUCAUGGCGGCAUCACAUUUGCGACCAUGUCUCCUGAAGAACGGUUAAAUUUACUUCGCGCUCUUAUUCUCUGGUCCCUUUCAUCCUCGGAUGCCGUCCAAGCCAAGAUCAAGGAAUCAUACAAGCAAACACGCCAUGAUGAUGAUUUGAACCAGCCACUCUCCGUUCAGUCUUGGGGGCGCGACAGCCUCAAGCGCCGCUACUGGCUCGUUGAGGGACAGGAUGAUACUCACUUCAGACUAUACAGAGAGAGCAAUCCGCAACUGAAGAACAUCACCUGGUGGAGCGUAGCGGGGACUAUCCCAGAGCUGAAGACCCUUGCUGACAAGCUCGAUGAAGAAAAAAAUGUCCACUCCAGGAAACUAAGCGAAAAGAUCAAUAAUGCCAUUCCUCGUUUUGAAGGAUCAGAGGAGAAACGCAAGCGCCGUGACUAUCGGAUUGCUCGAAAGGCCGCUUUCUCCCGCCCUGACCCUGGUUUCUCUCUCUAUGAAGGCCGAACCCGAGGAAAGAAGCUGAAGUAUACUUAUUCGGACGAUGAAGAUUUCUUCUCCGACGAUUUCACCGCCAGAAGAUCAACCCGCAACUCUACAAUAUCAACACCGACAGAGCCCGCGGGGCCCAAAUAUACAACCAGUGGGAGACAAGUUCGCUCGCGUGCUGGAGGCAUUUACGGCGAAGCUCUUUUGAGCGGACAACGCGGGGAGGACUCGGAGGAAGAACCGGAAAGAACGCAACGAACACGGGCUGGCAGACCAAACGGCUACAUGGCCCACGAUUCAGAAGAACCGGAGUUCGAUUCGGACGCCAGCUCUAGCGGUAACGAAUGGCAGGGAGGUGACGACGAGGAGGAAAACGAGUUCGAAGGCGACGACGAGGAAGACCUGAGUGGUGAUGAAGAGAUCGCGAAUGGCGAGACACCUCGUCUCGUUGUACAACUCAGAUACAACAAGAACAAGUUACCGAGCAGCCCCGCUGCUUCCGCUGAAGCUCCUCGCCAGAAUCUCACAGAGCUCGAGGAGACUGCCGGUAAGCCUGUGGCCUCUUCUGCGCAACCUACCACAGGCCAAGUUCCAAAAACCGCACCCGAAACAUUACAACCAGAUGCAGAAAAGAUCCCCACCCCGUUAGAAAACGGGGUUUUAUCUUCAGUUAUACACAAUCCCGGCAUGGAAGACAAACUGGCAGCACCUCAAUCAGCGGACUCGAAAGAGUCAAAAUUUGACAGCAAGGAGAAUACUAGCAUUCCGUUUGUCCCCCAGUCGCAAGCGGGCCCUGUGGAUGGACCAAAUGGUACUGAUUAG